CGAGAUCGGUGACGCGGUUUGUCGCGUUUUUGGUUCACCUUUUUUUUUUUUCACCCCACACGCCGCCGCACUCUCCGCGCCACCCCUGUCGUUCUCGCCCGUUUGGACACCACCGCCAGUCGUGCCCAUAGUACGCUUCGUGCCGGUUCGGCUACCGUCGGAAUCGCGCGUUCUCGUAUUGCGUGCCCCGUGUGCGUCUUCCCCGAGCAGAUUUUCGCGCGCGGCCGUUUUUUAUUUUACUGAGUUUAACUAUUUUUAUUAUUUUUUUUUUUUUUUUGCUUUUCCGUUUUCCCUCCGCACACCUGUCCAAGUGCUUAUAAUCAAGUCCACUACAUUCUCGACAAGUCCGACCAACAUGGCAAGUACUUCCGUUAAUAUUUAUAUCAAGCUUAAUCUACUGUAUUUUUGAUUUUUAAACGGUUUUUUCGAACGACAACUGGUUUGCAAUCCAAAAAAAUUUUCAAAUAAAAAAAAAAAUUAUUACCUACUGAGGAUACACGCUUAUAUUACACAGAUGAAACAUCAAUUUGUACAUAUUAGUUUACUAUUCUAAAAAAAUCGUGUCGUGUAUAGUAUCGUAAAAAAUGUUAAAAGGUACAAUUAUUUAUUUUUCAAGUCAUACCACGUUGACACCAUAUAUAAUUUAAUACGAUUUUUAAAUUAUUGCGGAUUUUCGUAUAUAUAUAUAUAUAUAUAUCGGUUUUUCUCAGGAAAAUCACAAUUUAAUUUUCAGUUAUAAUAAAUUAUUGUUUAAAUAGGUUUUUUUUUUAAAUUUUUUUCCGGUGUUCCGCCGUGUUCAAUUAAUUUCGCGUAUACGCAGAAAAAUUAAUUAAAAAAUAGGGGCCAAAAAAUGAAACGCAGGAUACUUGUUGAUAUACCUACUCGAUUUGAAACUUUCAAAUAAUAAUUAUUCGCAUUACGUAUAGGUAUAACCUACGCGAUUUUCAUUUUAAAUAUUUUCAAAAAUAUUUAAUACGUUUCACAGAAUAUAAAUUCGGAUAUAUUUUUAUUUUUUUUUUUUUGCUUAAUCGCAUUUUAUGGUAUACUCAGAUAUAUGAUGUGUGAUAAUAUUUACCGUGGAUUACAAUUUGUCUACGGCAAUGAAAAUUUCGAUUAUCGAAAAUCACAGUUAACAACGAUACCUAACGUUAUGAUUUACGUUUGCGCAGGACGUCGACGCGGUGUACCAAAAGUACGUGGCGUGCAUUCUGGAGGACGUCCGAGCCAUUCAUGGCAAAGAAAUGGUGGCCACGGGCAGCCCGUCCGUAUUCUGUUCCGUAUUGCCCGGUCACUGGCGGUCGAACAAAUCGCUGCCAAUACCAUUCAAAGUGGUCGUGUUGGACGAAGUGCCAGACGGGGCCGUGGUCGUCGUGCAAGCCGGAAACGACGAGAACCCGUCGGCCGACAUGCGAAACUACCGGGCCCUGUCAGCCACCGGCGUAGCCGUCUUCAACGAUCUCCGGUUCGUCGGCCGCAGCGGAAGAGGUUCGCAUCACAAUGUUAUAAUACACAAUUAUAAUCAUAAUAAAUUUUAUAAUUAAUCGGUAAACCACAAAAAAAUAAAACUCCCGGACAAGAUACGAAUAACAUAAUAUACUAAACCGACAUAAUUUUUUUUUUUUUUUUUUUCAAAAAUCUGCAACCAAACGUAUUCAUCCCGUCGCAGUUGCUGUAACGCAUCAAAAUUUAAAUUCUGGCCUGAUUAUUUUAUUGUGUAAAAAAAAGACAUAAAACUGCUUAAAUCUAAAUUUAAAAUUCGAAAAUGCGUUUUAUACGCGUUUUUUCAUUUUUCUUUUACCGGGUACAAGUUAUAUUUUUAAUCUUGUUUUACGGUUUUUUUUUUUUUGUUACGUAUACACUAUACAUUAUAAACAAUACUAUAAUACUCUCUAUAAUAAUAUAAUACAUAUCAUGAAUAAUUUAUAAUAUAUAUAUAUAUAUUGCUAGCCAAUCGCGCACAUAAAUAAUAAUCUCAUAGUAAUUUUUCCAAUAAUUGUAUGUGUAUAUAUAGAAUAAUAACGUAUUAUUUACAAUUGCAAUAAUAAUAAUAUAUAUUGUUUUCACGUUAUAUAGGUAAACUGUUAACGCUCACCAUCACAGUCCAAUGUAAAGAUCGAGUAGUAUUGGUCGCCAAUUACAUUAAAGCCAUCAAAAUUACUGUCGACGGACCGCGAUUGCCGCGAUCCAACCACAGAGGUAAGUGUCUUUUUUUUUUCAUAUUUUUUACGAUAUAAUAUAACAACACGGAUGCUAAUAUUUGCCGGUGCGUAAUCGCGUUAUCUCUGGCGGAAUAUAGGAAUUUGCGUGGAAAAAUAAACGUAUAAACGACCCUCAUUCCCGUUAGAUAUUAUGCAGGGGGGUGUAAUACGCAACGUGCAUAGUUUCUCCUUACGCUAUUCUCAUCGUAUAAUCUCAACACGUGUUUAUGGUAUAGGCUCUUUACGAAAGUAACGCCCGUUACGAAUUUUAACGUCUUAACCAUCUCCCCUUACUCCCAUUCAUCGUGUAUAUAAGUUCUGCAAGUCAAAAAAAAAAAAAAAUUGUAAAUGCAGAUAAAAACCGCGGACAUACUUAUUCGCACAACGGAUAAGCUAUAUACUGUUGCUAAUAGGUGAUAGAAAAUUAGGAACGUAUUAAAUAUAGGUAUAUAAUAUAUACGUUUGUAUGUUUCUUGUACUGAAGACAACGAUAAACCAUUGCAAUAAAAAAAAAAAAAAAAAUUAACUCGGUAAACCGGUACCUAUUUCGCAUACAACUAAAGGUAACCCGGAUAUCAACAAAAAUAAAAUCAUAAAACGUAACGUCAUUAACUUUUUGUCGGUAUAUUCUUAAUUUUCUGUAUAGAAAAACGGUUGGAAAUCUAGAUAAUAAUGUAUAGUAUCAAAUAAAAUAAAUUAUAUUUCUAAUAAAAUAUAAUAAAAAAAUACGUAUUUUUUGAUAAGGUAUACCGUAUACCGUAUACCGUAUACCGUAUACCGUGAAAAAUGUGGAAUCAUUGUUACUCACCGAACAAUAGGAAAAAAUACAUACAAUUCUCAAUAAAAAUACAUAAUAUUGUCUACUACUACGAAAAAGAUCGUAUCUCACUCUUUCAACUUUAAAUUUUUUACUAUAUCGCCUGCCACAACGGAAAAGGUUCUAUCUACACUUUUUCCAACUUUCAAUCUCUUUGGACGAAUAGAGACACGGCCUUUUUCGUGUUUUCGUGAACGAUGAUGCUGAAUUCAAGAUACGACCUUUUUCGUUUCAAUAAUUUAUACGUAUACUGUAUACACUCAUCGUAAUCUAAUAUUUUUUGUAUGCGAUUUUUAAAAUCUCACUGCGUAUACGUUUUGUUCGACUUGUAUGGUUUUAUACGUACUAUAUAAUAUUAUAUGUUAUUAUUAUUGUUCUUUAACACAUUUCUUUAAUUCCGCCGCCGUUUUUAUUGAACAAAAAACAAUACAUUCGCCACGUUAGUUUUUAUAUUCGCGUAAUUUUAGAAUAAAACUAUAUAGUAAUAUAUAUAUAUAUAUAUAUAUACUGUAGUGUUGACAAUAGUGCAGUUUCUCGGUCCCCCUCGCAUUGCUGCUGCUGCAGUCAUUAUAUGACAAACGGUCUAUACGGAGGGUUAAAAACCCCCUCGCUUUCGUCGACACGCGGCUCGCGAACUCGUUAAAAACAUAUAUUAUUAUUUUCCCGACGACGACGAGUUGUUUCAAUGAAAAAUCAUUGAUCUCUGACACAACGGGGAGAAAAGAUUUUCAUUUUAGUUUAUAUAUAGCUUUAUUUCCAUAUAAAUUUAUAUAAACACUUUACGUAUAUAAUACGUGUCUCGUCUGCUGUAGUAGUGGUUCUCUUAUAUUAUGAUCGAACUCGGGAAUGAACUCGCAAAAGUCGAAUUAUUGAAAAACGAAUUUUUCUUUAGACUUCUUCAAACUUUCGACUACUCAAGUUAAAUUGUAAAGGCAAUUUUAUUUAGAAAGCAUCUGGAUCGAAUCGAUGAAAUACAUUUAUAACGAUCAACUAAUUAAUAUUUACUUAAUAUUAUAUAGCUGUUAAGGUUGUCAAAGCCGUUAAAAUUCGGUGCUCAAUGUGAGUAAUAAAAAGACUAAAACUUCCAAAAAAAAUAAAUCAAACCAAAAUCAAAAUUUCACUACGAGUCGUGAGAGAUUUCCAGCGAAGCAUAUCACUGUACUGUACAAGUUAUACAGGACGGCUUCUGUACAAAUACUUCAUUGACGCUCGUAUAAAAGACUUAGAAAAGCGCGUAAUUUCAAAUUGCAAAUAGUAUAAUUUUCGUUAUAAAUCGACGUUUUUCGCAUUCAACUCGCGCUUUAUCGUCCACCUCCGUUAAUCAACCUAAGCCUGCACAGGAAAAUAUACAAACCGAAAUCGCCCGCUCGCUGUUUGAUAUUCUAUUAAUUCGCGCCGCGCGCUUCCUCGCUCGUCCGUCUCUCGCGCCGACUAAUUCGAUUGGUGUCCAUUUGCCAUAAAACUGCUGUUCGCACUUUUGACAUUAAAUUAUUCGAUCUAUCACGCGUUCUAUAAAUUACAUAAUAAUAGUUAAACUGCGGAACACAAAAUGUGUUGUUUUUUUUUUUUUUUUAAAACCUCGUUUCGACUUGGUUUACGUUUUUCCACGUUGCCGAUUUAAACAUGUAUAUUUAAAAAUGAUUUUAAUAAUUUGGAACAUGUAAUUGAUUAAAUAUACUGCUAAGUAACAAAACAAAAGCCACUGAUAGGCGAGAAAUUCAGAAGGUAAUUUGAAUAACAGCUUAAAAUAUAUAGGUUGUAAAGAUAAAUGAUAUCGGAAAUAAAAAAACAAUUUUGAGUAACUAGAAAUCGUAAUACUAGUAUAUAAAUAUAAUUAAUGUGAUUUUAUUCAUACAGUGUUACCGAGGAAACUCAGAAACAUAAAAAAAGUCCAACAUUUUAGUGUAAUUUGGAAAAUUAGAAUUUAAAAAUUCGUCUUCGAGAUUUUGUAUGACUCCCCGUAAAAAUUUAGAUUACUGCGUUAAUAAAUUAUACAUUGUUUUGAGAAUUUUUCUCUCAAAUACACAUAAUAUCAUUUCUUCCUGCAAUUGUUUAAUGUGGCAACGUCUCUGUGACAUAUAAAAUUACAGGACGUAUAAAGGUAAUAAACACAUUUGUACUGUUAAAUUUAUUGAUAUGGAUUUCGAGUAGAAAAUAAAUAAAUAAAUAAUAUUUAAAUGUCUAUAUUGGGUGAUGCUUAAAGACCAAAUUUGUUCUGGUAUUUUAAACGUAUAACGUAUGAUACAUAAAAACGGUCUUAUUGCUUCGUUCCUGAAAAUUCCUUUUAAUUAAGCUACUUAUUAUCAGCUAAUAGUUUUAUAGCCACCUUUAAAACUGAUAAUAAAUUGAAAUAUUUUCGAGGCUCUUAAAUAAAAUGUAGAACGAUUAUUGAGAAGACGUACCUCAACAAUAAUUUUAAACAUCAGCCUCCGCAUAAAUGUAUAAUAUAAUCGAAAAAUUCGAAAACGUAAUCUUCGGACAUUAUUAAUAUUAUUAUUAUACCCAGGAAUCACCAUUGACGAUUUCGAGAGUAUAUUAAUAUAUAUAAUAUCAUAUACAGAAAAAUUCCGAUUAUUAUUACUACCGACUUGCGAGUUCCGGUCGGAAAACACCACAGUUGAUAAGCGGGGGAUUUAAUGGCCUGCACAGCCGUUUUCUCGACGAUGACGACGGCUGGUGCAGCUCUUGGGCGGAUAUUACAAGCGUCGCUGUCCGAGAGUAGUUAUUUUCGAGCGAGGGUAAUACGUGUAUUAUAGAUACGCGUACAUAAUAUUAUAACACUAUAGGAAACGUACGGAAAAAUUGUCGAAACGCGUAAAUUCCAUUUCCGACGCGGAAAAUACAUUAACUCGUAUACGUUCAUAUAUACACGCGUACAAAAAAAAAAACUAUACGUAUAGUGAUGUGUGUUGCAGUGUGUCAACUCAUUGGGCCGCGCGGAUAUAACGCGUUAACGAAGGUACGGAAAGACGUCACUGCGAAUGCGAACGUGGUGCGGAAAAAAAUAAAUACAAAAUGCCUAAAAGGGUUUUUGUUCGUGUGUGGGAUUAUCUGGUAGCUAUAUAUAUAUACUCGUAAUGGUACAGUCGUCGUGGUAGUGCAUUAAUCAUCCGCUGGUUUUUCGACGGAAAGGUUAUACCGUAUAUAGUAUAUAUAUUUAACAACAAGCGGUAUAAAUAAUGAAAGACACAUAUAUAGUAUAGGUAUACAGUCGUAUAUAUAGGUAUACACACAUCAGGACGUGAAGUUGAUUGGGGAACCCCUUGCGCUUUUUUUUUUUUUUUAUAUCCCUCCGUCCGGGACCCACUUUGCACACAGCAGUAGCAGCGUUUUCUUUUUUUUUUUGUACGAGUAUUAACGCAAUUAACACAAACGAACAUACCUAAACUGUACACGAAUAGUUUCGGAUUUUUUUUUUUUUUUUGAAAGAGAGAGAGAGAGCAAAUUUUAUCCCUCUGAAUUGAUUAAGUAGUCUCGGGAAUGCUUAANNNNUUUUUUAUAUCCCUCCGUCCGGGACCCACUUUGCACACAGCAGUAGCAGCGUUUUUUUUUUUUUUUUAAAGAGAGAGAGAGAGCAAAUUUUAUCCCUCUGAAUUGAUUAAGUAGUCUCGGGAAUGCUUAAUGAAUCCGUAUAUCCAUAUCACUUUAUCCUCUACAUACACGCAUUAUACAUAACGAUGGCCGUUUUUAUAUUAUUAUAUAGGUACAUUGUUCAAUCGAUCGCUUCUUUUCGGGUUUUUUUUUUCUACACGUCCUUCCCUCUCGCUCAAUAUUAUAUACAAUAUACUGAAACGUGUUCCCUUUUUAAUUAUUUUUUACGCUUCUACUCGCGAAAUCAAUCUCGACAACUACACCGUUGUAGACGUCCCGAGGGCAUCUCGUGAAUAAUAUAUUAUAUACCACGCAUAUAUAUAUAUAUAUAAAUAAUAUAAUAUAUAAAGGACAUUAUCGAUUGCAUAUAUCCUAUAAUGACUUUAUAUUAUAAUAUAUUAAAUCGGGAUUAAAAAUAUAAUGUAUAGAUAAAAUACAGGUAAUAUAGUAGAGAUACUUGAAUCAUUUUAAAUGCGAAAGAAACAGCAAAAAAUGGAUUACUUGCAAUAAAAUCACGUAGAGCUUUGUUAUCCUGUAUGCAUCCUUCGUUACCAGGAUUUGAAAGUCUACAUAAACAGUAAAACCGUGUUAAGACACUCUCGAUGUCUAAUAAUACUCAGUUUGUCGUCAAUAGACAAAGCUUUUCUUUUUACUUCUAAACUACUAGAUAACGUAGACGCAUUUGUCUUUUUUCACAUUAGAAUUGCACAAAACAACAAAAAUUAAAAAUCAACGUGUGAUGUCACGUACACCACAUCAACGGCCGAACACGACUAAUAAUACAGUGCGAAUAUAAUUUAUAAUAAAAUAGAAAUAUAAGUUUAUAAUAAAAUAUCAAAAUAUCCGUUUAUUAACAAUCAAUAAUAGCUAUAUCAAUGUAUAGGCUUCUUACGUUUAAUACGUUUAAUAAUGUAAUUAUCAAAAAUUUACGUCCACGUAUUGAACGGGAUUUUUCUUCAAUGUUCAAAGGUAUAAUUGGCGAGAAAAGAGAGCUUAUAUUGUGUGGGAUAUGCGUCUAAGUAGGAACUUAUUAAACGUGUUUUUUUUUAUGUUGAAAUAUCUACAAGGGCCAGGGACUGGAAAAAAUCCGCGGGAUGGUGUCUUAACGAGGUUUCACUGUACAUAUUUUAUAAUAAUUGCGAAUCUAGGGUAUACAAUUUUUUUUUUAUAUAUAUUUAUUAAAUAUAGGUAUAUACGACUUGAGAGUCACAGCACGUUUGGUUACACAAAUAUAUCACGGAAAUUACGAUAAUUUCAUACCGAAAUACUAUCAUAAUAAUUUCACUUCGUAUUAUAUCCUGAUUACCCCCGUAGUAACCAACUAACCGAUGUGAUUUUCGUCGAAGUACUAUACGGGUUUCGCACUUACAGUACACUAAUAUAUACAAUAAUUUCUCAAAACAACGCAUUAUAGGUUCAGAUCAACAGGUAUGUAAAUUAGGUUUUCGUACUGUCGUGUUAUUUUUCAAGAGAUAUACGGUCGAAUAGAUAAGAUUGUAGGUACCUAUUAUGUUUUUGGCAGAUCACGUCUUGUAGCCCUGCAGUAGUAUUAUAGGUGUGUUUACUCUUAUAUAUAUAUAUAUAUAUAUAUAUAUAUAUAUGUAUACACUGCAAUCGCUAUACGGUAUCACUGUUAUUUUUUAACAAUAUUAUACCAAAAAAUAGAAGAAGAAAAGUUCACAACGAAUAAAAACUAAAUCGUAAUAAUAGCAAAUAAUACGUCGUGAUUUUCACUGUGACGUGACGGAAUAACAAGAGGUAUACAGCAAACUGUUGUGCGGAAACUCGUAUAUACGUACAUAAUAAUAUAUGUAUACAGAGGGUCGGGAAAGUAUCCUGUCGCUCGACCGUGAGCGUGUGCGCGUACAAUAGAACAGUUCACUAAAAAACGCGUCCCUUUAAAACGCUGCAGACUCGCGGCGCGUACACAAUAGCUCCCGGUUUAGUCGCGGCUAUUGUAACCCGUUGGCUGGAAGACGGGCUGGCGGGACGACGGUCGGGCGAGGCGGCGGCGACGGUGGUGGUAACGGCCGCGGUAGUGGCGCGGUGGCGGUGGUGUCGAACACUGCCGGAGGGGUUGAGGGGGGUGAGGUUUACCCGAGUAGUAAACAUUUGGCCAUAAAACUGACCCUCUUAUGUCCCGCAAAAGGGGUAAAAAUUACAAUAGAUUUCGCGGGGCGCGCGGAGGGGUUUUACGAUAAGCUCUCGGGGCUUAACCCGAACCCCCUGCACACAUACAAAUAUAUAUAUACGCACGUCGACCACCCUAUUCACAACGCAUGCAUCAUGCCUUAUGCCACAGCAUCGGCCAUUAAAAUCCGGUCGGAGCGAGCGAGCGAGCGAGUGCUGGUACAGUGGAUCGAGGGCGAGGACGAAACAGCAGUGUAUGCAGACACAGAGAGAGCCGGAAGGGUGUGUGAGAGAGACCGAGUUCACAGUGGCAUCCGUUAAUAAUUUAAAUCGCAAUUAAAAUCAAUACUGCACGUUACACGUCAAAAAAAAAAAUGCAUUUCACUUCCGAUUUUUAUCAAUAAAAAAAAAAAAAUUUACAUACGGGUGAUUGACGUUACAAUUAGCCGCGACUAUAUAACUGUACAAUACGCCGCCGGGGUGGUGUGUGACUUUUAAUCCCUCUGCGGGAAUUAAUUCGUGCAUACAUAAAUCGACCGAUGGAUGACACUAUCGUCGUCGAAAUGAUAAAAUAUUUCAAUUUUGUUUAUGUGCAUAGUAUUAUUACGUUUAAGGCCAUUUAAAUGCAAAAUGCGGUUCUUUUUUCUUUUUUUUGUCCGGUAUUCUAUAGGCCAAUACUGCGCGUUUCAUGUAGAUACGCGUAACUCGAUUGCCGUGUAACAGGAUAUAAUAACUAUGUACUUAAAAAGUGAAACAUUCUUGUUUUUUUUUUUUCACAUAUUUUGGUCAUUCUUUCAAGAGCAUUAUUGCUGCCGAAAUCCGGGCUCUAUCAUCAUCAUUUUAAUAUUGCAUAUAGUUAUGUCGCGCGAACUAUGUGGCCACUAUAAACAUUUUUUUUUUUUGUUUACGUAAUGUUUCAGACGUGAUACACGGUUACGGCGGUAUGUUUCCCAUGCACGGGCCUUUGCCGCCUUACGGAAUGAUCAUGGAAUACAAACGGCUGCUGGAAGGGGCUGCGUUGCCGGGGUCACUAAACUACCAAUACAUAGCGGCCAAUUACUUCCAACUUCACAGUAAGUAGUGCAGUGCAUACGUUUACGUGUAUUUGUAUACUGUACCGAUGAUUUUGCAUCAUAUAAAUGCCAUAUGGGGGUAUAUAUAGGUAUACACGGCCGUGCGGCGGGGAAGGGUUUCACGGUCCUUUCCUCGGCGCGGUUCACGGUUCAAACGAAUCGAAGCAAACAGAAUUUUCCGUUUGAAUAGGCGAUUUAGGAGCAAAAAAAUAAAAAAAAAUAUCUAAUCUCAUUUGAAAAACCAUGCACCAUAUCUACCUACCCACUUCUGCAUUUAUAUAUAUAUAUAUACGCGAUACAAAGAACGGAUAAAUAAUAUAUAUAUUUUUUUUUCUGCUACUUUCGCAGACGCGAUGGAAGCGUCGCAAAUGUACUGCGACAUGCCACCCCUGCAGUCGGCGUUCAACUUCGCCGGUUACCAGCACAGCUUGCCACCCACGCCGCCGCACACCGAGGAAGAACCGGUCACGGCGCCGCCGGCGACGGCCGUGCGCGACAAUAACGGCCGUUCAGGCGCGCGUCCGAAACGGCCCGCGUCCCUGUCCGAGUCCGUGACGACGACCACGGCUGUUUCGACCGCGUCCGCGCCCGAACGACCCACGCGGCAUCCGCUGCAGGAGUCGUGCAAGCGACCCAAACGCGAGUCGGCCGCCAGCCCGGACAUUGACAUCGUCAAUGUCGUGCGGUCGUCCAGUCCGGACGUGCUCAAACCCCGGCAAGAAAAAAUCUGGCGGCCUUACGGCGCCACCGACGAAUAAUGUUCGACGCACACAAUAAACCGUGUAAAUAAUAUUUGUUUGACGAAUAACGCGAGUACGAAGUGUAAAACGGGACACACUGUAUACAUCACUCUCUACCUCUGUUUCUCUCUCCCUGUAUAAUAAUAUAUUUGCGUAAUAUAUUAUAGACAAUCAACGGAGCGUUUAUUAGGUUACGAUUUGUGUAUACUGUACUCGUACAUAAUUCAAUGUUGUGAUAUUAGUGUUUAGGAUUAUAAUAUUUAAGUAUAUCUAUAUAUUAUUAUGUAAACAAAUUAUUAUUAUUAUUUUUUUUUAUUAUUAUUAUUAUUAUUAUUUAUCAGUACUUACUGCCGGAACCUAUUUUUGUGAUUUAUACACGUGAUAUAUUUUAUUUAUCGGUUAUUAAUUACGUAUAUGAUAUUAUAACAUUAUGUUUGUGUAAUAGAAAACGUAAAAUCGAAAAUAUCAUAUUAUGAACAGCACAGAUAUAAGCACGUGUACAGGGUAGGAUUUCGAGGUUCAAAAAAAACAUCCCCCCUAUUAAAAUUGUAUAAAUGUAUCGUACACAAGUUCUAUAUAGUUUAAAAUUUUGAAUUUGUUUACUUAUGAACCUCUCUUGAAACUGUCCCUACCUCCUGAAAUAUUUUUCUGUGUAAAGAACUUCUGUAAAAAUAACAAUAAUAAUAAUAAAAAGACCGUCACCUCUAUAUAAUGUGCAACGGUUAUUUUUCUGGUCCUUUACAGAGGUGUUCAUGUUAUAAAUACUAUGGAAGUUUCACCAUCACUGCGGUAUAAUAUAGUAAUAUACCUAUUCUAUUAUAUUCAGUGCCCUUCCUUACGAAAACAAAUAUAUAAAAUAUAACUUAUAUAUUAUUAUAAUACAUUUUGUAUCGUGUAUAAAAUUAAAAUAUAAUCGCCGGCCGAUUUUUGUGAUAAAUUAUAUUAUAUGUAAAAUCUGUUAUUAUAUAUUAUAGCGCGUGUG